CCCCCCCCCUGCGGCCCGCGGGGCGCGACCGGACGGGACGGGCCCAGCGUUGCGUUGAAGGUCACCAGGCUGCAUAAACUUAGAUAAGUUAAUUCGAAGCAUAACUUUACAACAUUAGUAAAUGAAGAGGUGCAACGCUGGAGAAGGGUUCCAAACUAGAAGCUGGCUCUGCUGACCGAGGUAGUGGUUUUCACCAUUGGGGCCCCCUCAACUCGUCAAAAUGCCCGUCAUGGUGGAGGACAUCAUGAACCUGCUGUGCUGUAUUUCAGAGGAGAGGAAAAUGAAAGCGGCAGUGAAGCAUUCUGGAAAAGGUGCCGUGAUGGCCGGGGCGGCCGCUUUCCUUGGUGGUUUGGUGGGAGGUCCACCCGGAAUAGCCGUAGGGGGGACAGUCGGUGGCCUGCUUGGUGCUUGGAUGACUAGUGGACAAUUUAAGCCAAUUCCUCAGAUCAUCAUGGAACUGCCCCCCUCGGAGCAACAGAAGCUCUAUAACGAGGCCUUUGCCGUUGUCAGAAACUUAGACUGGAUGGACGCUGUGCAGUUGACUGCCCUGGUAAUGGGCAACAGCGCCCUUCAGCAGAAAUUGGCAGCGGUCGUAGUAAAUUAUCUCUCACGCGAGCUUAAAGCAGAAAUACAGUAUGGAGACUAGCCCUUUCCGCCCUGUGCUUCUUCCUGUCCCGGGGAGGGACUGGCCGUCCGGAUGACUUAUUUGAUUUAGAAAUAUUACCAGUAACUGCUGCCGCUUCUCUUGUAGCGAAUGCCGGAACACUCCAGUUCCGUGAAGAGGCCCACCGGAACGAGAUUCACGUUAUCGUGGCGUUUUCUUAAGAUUGACCCCAAAGGUCUAAUUUAAAUUGCUCUUCGGUUUCAUAGACGCAGUUCACCACCCCUGAAAGUGUGUUCGUGAAAGAAUUAGGUUCCGGGAAAUAAAGCACCAACCGACACUUCGGUAAACUCUUCUGGCUGUGAAGGAGGCUAGAACAAAGGGUUGUUUGCUGUUAGAAUCAAUGGUGGUUUUUUUCAAAACCCUUUCCUCCUCCCAUGGGGUGGUUAUGAAAGGUUAUUGUCCUCGUCUUUUGCACUCUCCAACGUUCCGGGGGUGAGAAGUUACUCUCCCCCGCUCCGAAUUUGGAGAACUAAUGGGCUCAUUUCCUUCUGAUGACCCCGUAACUCUCCUGGCUUGUCACCAAUGGCCACUGAAGUGCGUAAUCUCUUCAUGCCCCCUUUAUCUUGAUUUGAUUGCCUCCUUGGGUACCUCCUUGGUUUCUGAGUUUGUAUCCUCUUAAAAUUGUCAGCAGACUUGGAGGUUCUCCAGCCCUGUUAUCAGUCCCUGGAUUUGGGGCCUCCCAUUUCUCGUUUAUAAAAUUGGGGGGUCAUCCCUGACAUUAUUAAAUUUACUGUGGCGACACUUAAAGUAGUGUUAUCUCUGAAACCCUUCUUAAGGGGUAUCAGGCAGUUCACUUGGCACCCUGAUGUGUGAAAUGACGCUCCGCUAGUAGAACUGCAACUCUGCUUGAUGAAGAUUUGCCCUUUUCCAAGUUUUUUUUUUUUUGAUGGGAUCCAUAGGGUACCUUAACUAGAAACAAAAAGGGGUAAACCUGGCAAACCAGGAAAUUGUUUAUAUUGAAGGAUUCGGUAACUAGAGUCUCUGGUGGUUUAGCUGUGAAAAUUGCACUCUUCUAAGUUUGGUGUACCACGUAUUAAGAUAAUUAAUCGAGAAUUGUAUGACUUGCGAUCGGUAGCCAUACUUUUGCCAUGCAUUUACCACUUACACUUAUAUCAUUUGCAUUUUCAAAAAUCAUGUCCAAUAUUGCUUCUUGAACUCCUCCAAAAAUACACUCAUUUAGGCUUUGUGUCACUCCAUAUUCACACUUGAAAUGUCUAUUUCGCUUGUUUUCCUAUUUUUGUAACACGGCAAAGUUGCCUUUUCUAUCUUGAGGAAAACAUGCCUUGAGAAUGAAGCCAGAAUAAAAUCUUUUGACAUCGUUUUGCUUCGGGAAA